UCCAUGGGUCGCGCGCCAGCUGACACAGACGCGAUUGACCUUUUAACCUUUCCCUCUGAGUGAUCGUUUUACAAGUAAAUAUAGCCGAAAUCACAGCUUCAGUACGCCUCGAAAUUGAUCCUGCAAGUCUCUGUAACUCUGCUGGAGGGAGAACUCCUUUAGCGACCGCGGCGAGUGUGUAUAAAAACCCUGCAGCCUGGCACAGACAGGCAGAACAAUAUUGACAGGACAAGCUUAACCAAGCACACUAAUACUACUACUUCUCCACCGACUUCAACAGAUAUUCCUUAAAUCAGAAAAAGAUGGAAUCCGAGAUGAAAUGCAACAUGAGCAAGAUGUGGAGCUCCGAGAUGCCCCGGGGACUGGACUUGGAGAUCUCCCAUCAUCCAUUGACAAUGAGGCACGUGGUCAACCUGAUCAUCGCCACGGAGAGGCUGAAGGCCAGCAUAUCGGAAUCAGUGCUGAGCACUGAGUUCAGAGAUGAAAACCUUCUCAACAUCAUGCUGGACAGCAUAGUGGAAGAGCAUUUUGUGUGCGAGUGUCAUACAGCUCCACCAGUUCAGUUCAGCAGGACGGACGAGCACCAGUGCAGCGUGACCGACGUACUGAAGAGGAGCUUAGUUGUGGUCAAUAACAGCAUGGAGCUCCACGCAGUGAUGCUGCAGGGAGGCAGUGAAAACCGCAAAGUUCACCUGAACAUGUCGACCUACGUGCACCCGUCACCCAGCACCGAGGGCCUACCAGUGGCUCUGGGCAUCAAAGACACAAAUUUCUACCUGUCAUGCCACAAGGAAGGUGACAAGCCGACCCUGCAUCUGGAGGUGGUGGAGGACAAAAGCAGUCUGUUGGGUAUCAGCGUGGAAAGUGAGAUGGUGCGAUUUCUGUUCUACAAACGGGACAGCGGGCUGAACCUCAGCACCCUCAUGUCCGCCCGCUUCCCUGAAUGGUACAUCAGCACAGCAGCGCUUGACAACAAGCCGGUAGAAAUGUGCUUGGAGAGCGCCGACCGCCACCGAACCUUCAACAUCCAGUGUUAGAGUAGAAGACCACCAAAGACAUCCACAGUUGAAUGUGACACAGAGUGUAAAAUAUACUGCACUCAAGCCAUAUUGAUUCAAAUAAUCAGCAACAAAGAUGCAAUUUAAACAAAGUCACUUCCACUGUCUGCUAGAAAGACUUCUGCA